UCUACACAAGUAGUGUAACUUUUAUUCGUCUAAAUAUAUUCUAGGUUGAGUGAACUGUCGAGAUUGUGUGUUAAAAGCAUAACAGUACAUAAACAUGAAAUAUUUACAUACUUUUCUGCUGUGUUUACUGAUCGCUGUUGAUGCAGGUUACAGUUUACAGAUUGAAGCAAUGCCCACCUCAGUAGUGAUUGGGCUAACAACAACGCUUGAGGUCAAAUGUCACACGUUUAUCAACAUCAGCUCCCAGAUGGAGAGUCUGAUUUCCCUGAUCAUUACAAGGUCAGGUGACGGUCCAGAUAAAGAGUUGGCCUCCAUUAACGCUUUCAGCCCAGAAGGUCACGUGGUGGACACGUCCAAUGAAACGCUGACAGCUUCCGGUAAGGUCGACAACCUGGGAGAGUCCUACCUCCGUCUGACUUGGAGGAACCCUGACGUCAACAGCCGCGGUCUUUACGUGUGUCAGGCUCUCGGCGUUAGCCACACUGGACAUCCGGUGACCUUGACCUCAACAAUUUCAGUCAACUACACUUAUCCUGAAACCGAUGACCUGCUCAAUGAAAUUCAGAACCUGACGUUAGAAAUUGAAUUUGAAAAAGAACAGUGUGCAUCGAACUUGAAAACAAAGCUGGAUUUGAUUAAAACGUUCAUGUUUACAGUUUCUCAACCGUAUAACGGUCAUCAUUACUUACUAUCCAAUAGGCUGUACACGUACCAGGUAGAAACAGCUGAAACCAUGUGUGAGUUGUUUGGAGGUUACCUGGUUGAGAUCGACUCCACUGACGAACAUCUUUUCCUGAUAAACUUUUUAACUACCGAAUCAACAAAUGUUGAUAUCAUAACUGCAUUAACGGGGUUAUCAGACGAACAACACGAGAAUGUUUGGGUACAUAAACACAGCAAGACCGUGGCUAGGUAUACAAAUUGGCUUGCAAAUAACCCCGACGGUGGAAGAAGUGAGAACUGUGUGGUGUUGUUCCAACCAUCUUGGUUGAUGGUUGAUGAACCGUGUUCUAUCACAAGAAGCGAUUUCGCUUUAAAGCUGACUUACCUAUGCGAGGUGCCGAACUAAAAGCUAAUCUAAAACAAUAAAAUAAACAAUACACACAGAUUGGUUGAUACAAAAAUAUAUCUUAAACAUUAUUCAAGUUUAUAUAUUAUCUAAUUUCUGUUUCUGUGGAAAAAGAUUAAUUUAGUUACGAAAAUGAUAGGUAUUAAAUGUAAAUUUUUUUCUUUAAUACAUUACAUUGUUUCGUCCAAGUUGGGUUCUGCCUUUCAGCGCAUUUAAUGUACAAUGAGUUGAAAGUGUUGAAGUAAAAUUUAAAAAUAUAAUUUUAAUUGACUUUGA